CAUCGACUUCACGAACCAAUCAGCUGCACGUAUUUCUUAACACUUGCAAAAUGUGGUGGGUUUGAAAGUUUCGACGUCGACACCACAUAGUUCACACAUCUCUGGGUUUUGCCUUGGGGUGCAUUAUAAAUCAAAGUACAUCCUAUUUUACGUGAAGAAGACGUGUAAGAUAAGAUGAAGGACCUGUUAGCUGUGGAAGACAGGGACACUUUGAAAUAUGUCGUACGACAUGAGCUGAAAAGUUUUGGAAUCAAAGUGCCGAAAGAAAAAAGAAGCAGUGUACGAUGCACGCAGGCUCAAGGGAAGGAAAGGUCAGCGGGAAGAUCCACUGUGUUUGGUUGUCCUCUUGAUGAAAUCCCAGCUGUCCCUUUGAAUGCCUAUCCUGGUAGCGCAGUACCAAAAUUCCUGGUGGACUGUGUACAAUUCCUUCAGGACAACAUUGAUUGUGAGGGAUUAUUCCGAAAGCCAGGCUCCAGGGCAAGGCAAAAAGAUUUACAGCACAUUAUAGAGAAUGAGGGUCCCAUUCCCACCGAUGCCCACGUUCAUGACGUGGCAGGCCUGUUCAAGCUCUUCUUCCGUGAGCUGCCUGAGCCCCUCCUUAGCGGCAAGCUAGCCGAGGCACUUCUCAAGUGCCAGCAGCUCCUGACUGCCCAGGAGGUCCAUUACACCACCCAGCUUCUGUGUCUGACCCUGCCAGCCACGUACUACCACACGCUGCGCUACGCCAUGCAGUUCCUGAAGCAGGUGGCCGGCAGUGUCUCCAGCAACAGGAUGGACGCCUCCAACCUGGCCCUGGUCAUGACGCCCAACCUCAUGGGUGGCCUCAAGGCGGAUAAGAGCGGGGGAACCUCUGCCACCGAGAAGCUCCUGCGAUUACAGACUGCCGUCAUCAGGCACCUGAUUGAGAACGCCGAUGACAUUGGAAUGGUGCCAGACGCUGUGGCAGAGAGAGUGGAGAGCUUUGGGAACCGAUCCAGCUGCGAUCUGCUGACAGACAGGCUGACAUCAGAGGAUGAGCUGGACAAAAGCGGGGAAGGAGCCCUGGAGGAGAGGAAAAAGAACAGGAGACGGCGGCGAAGUGGACCGAUACAAGGUAUAAUGAGUGGCAUCGGUCACAGCCUUGGUAUUCUGAAGUCAGGUGCUGGUAGUGCAGUCAACAUGACCCCAGCUGCAGAUGAGGUCAUCGAGAAUCCAUCAUUCCUUGGUGAGACACCCAGAAUACUCAGAUCCAGCAAGAGGAAAGCUAGUGAGGAUUUAGGAACAUUUUCAUCAGCAAAACGGAAAGCAAUGCUACACCAGAUGACUACAGACCCACAGUACAGCAAGCCUGGCCUGAGCCUGCACAGGGAAGGACGACAGGGGAUGACAUUGACUGAUUCCCCCAUCACACCACUCAGACCCAGUAGACCCGCCUUAGGAGAAGUCGAUGCAGUAACAGAAGACGGAGCAACGGUCUUCAAGUUCCAGACCCCAUCCAUCAAAUUUGCAGACGAAUCUUUCACAACUUUCUGUGCCACUCCGCCGGGGAAGGAAGGCAUUGUGGGCGCUACACCUGGGAAGAAGCUGGGUAAACUCAACCCUCUCAGCAGCAGAAAGUACAAGAGACGCUCUGGUGCAUUACAUGCAGAUGUCAGUACUCCAAAAUCAGUUUACUCAAGUUACACUCCCAAAUCGGGCAGUGUCUACCAAUCUAUAAAGAAGAAGCUCGGCCACAGACAUACUCGCACACAGCCAACUCCAAUUCAGCUCAACGACAUGCCAGAUAAAUCAGUCGGCUGGCGCUUGGCCAAUCCUCCUGCACAGGAGGAUCCAGCUGCACUAGACAGCCUGGCUCUCGGCAACUCACCCCACUUGAAGAGGACGCCACUCACAAGGAGAAGACAAAGACGACGGAAGACGCCAAGCUCCCCGGCGACUCUCUUCAGUCCGCGGCCAGCAAUAUCUCACCCAGUUCUGGAGCAGAGGUCACAGUUCACAGGCCAAAUGUCAAGCGCAAAUGAUUCAGAAUCCCCAAAGGUUGUAGUAGUUGAUCUGAAAUCCAGUCAGUGUUCCAAGACGUCUCACGACGAUGUCUCUGAUGUGUGUUUGCAAGACGAAUGGAAUCGGCCGAUUGGCAAAGAUGAGGAUGGCAGCAGGGAGGGGCUUGCCAAGAGCGACGUGGAUUCUAGAGACAUGAAUGAAGAUGUGAGCCAGAUCACAGAAAAUGGAAGCUGUGGGUUUGAGUCUGCACAACUUCACAAAAAAGACACGGGAUCCCUUAGAUCAGACAUGAUAAUGGACUUAACAUCCUCUGAUUCAUCUAAGUUUGAGAGUCACACUGAAGCCACAGGACACAGACAGCUGCAGCAGUCUGUCAGUCAGAAGAGCCUGUCCAGCGUCCUGUCUCAAGUCAGCAUGGAUAGUACCAAAUCCGUGUUCAGUGUGGAGAUCGAUUAUGAGACGGCUAGUGCUCAGGCACUGUCAGAGGAUGCUAAUGAUGUAACUGUACAAAAUGAUGAGACACUAAAAGAUACACGUGGUCCAGUAGAAUUGGAGUACAACUUUCAGCUUGAUGAGGGUGAUGCACAAGUACGUGUUACCGAUAGUGUGCUUGAGGAUGUUGAUUGUGGCACAUCAAAAAUUGUUGGACAACACAGCAGAUGUAAUGAUAAUGAUGAGAUCGAUGGGUUAAAAGAAUCAAAUGAAUAUUUGGCUCAGGCAGGUAGUAUGCUGAGCCUGGACAGUGCAGUUAAUGUUGAUGGGAAUGAUGAACAUACAGGAAGUCUAGACAGCUUGAAAACCACUGGGCAGUCUGGAAGACUGGUCAAGUCAGUGUCUGUUGACAGCGGCAAGGGGCUUUCCCUGGACAAUCUUGCCAACUUUGAUGAGGCCAAACUUCAGGAGGCCGUAGAGAAGCGCAUAGCAUCAGAGCGGGGCAUCAAGUCGGCCCAGGAUAUCCCGCAAGGUCUGGUCAAGAUGCUGUCGGAGAGGUUGUCCCCUGUGGAGGACGCCAGUGAGGAGUCUUCCUGCAGCGUCUCCAGCGAAGACAACCCCCAGUUCAGGGAGACUAAAGCCUUCUGGAAGCUGGCCAGGACAGGCCACAUCUUCAACAAGAGUCUGUCAGACUCUCAGGUCAACUCCCCGGCCAGGAGAGCUGGCCCGACACUGCCCUCUCCAAUGAAGUCAUAUCACUCUCAGGUGCACAUCGCCAAGAGGGACCGGUUUGGGCAGUCAGCUAAACCAAUGGGCAACACCUCGCUGAACUUGAGCAAUGUCAAAUCCAACAUUGACAUGUUCAACUCAAUGUGCCAGCAGAUUUCGCCAGUGAGAAACCUGCAGUCCAGAUCAGUGCACAAAGGCAGCCAGGAAGCUGAGAAGUUAUCGUCAAAGAGAGGACUUGCUGUACCAACCCCAGGUGAAACAAGUAAGCAUGAGUCUUCACGAGUCCAGCCGAAGACCAAGCUUGUGAAAUCAAUCAGCAUUGACAGUGGGAUGUGCAAUGUUGGUGGAGGUUCGAGCGUUCCAGAAAUAAAAGCUUUCCGCAAGAUAGUAUCCCCUGACCACAACGAUUCCUACGAGAUGGCUCUGUCCCAUGUAGCAGCGGUUGACAUCCCCAGAGGCCUGCAGAAUUCGAAACGUGAUGAAGAUGUGCUGAAGCCAGCCAGCAGCGAGACGGUGAUCCAGUAUGAGAAUGCAGAGGAGAUGCCUGUUCAUCAUGAUGGCAGUCAGGACAUCGACCAGAUUCCAGAGCACCUUGCACCCGUUCAUGCCCUCCACAAUGAGGCACUUACCCCCUUGAAGCUGGCCUCCUCAACCAUCAUCCGAUCACCGGGAAAGAAGGCACUCAAGAUCAAGCACCGCUCACCUCUGAAAUGCUUAAAGAUCCCAAACAACCAGGACUUAACACCAACAUUCAGAGAGACCAGAGCACACAAGAGGUACCCCUGCUCCCCUAAGAACCCUUUGUUCAGACAGCAGGCAAGUGCAAGACAAGAGAGGUCCCUCAUACCAAAUCAUGUCCGAGAUGACAUGGAUGUGGUAGAGCUAUGAGGCUAUUAUAACAACAUACAUACAUGAAUGUACCUAUAUACUCCUUCAUAGAAGCUGCUAAGCACACAUGGUUUUGCUUAAUACCAAGUUACAAUGUAGGUGACUUUUUUCAUCUGUAUUUUAUACAUGUACGUGUGUAUAAGAUUAAUUUGUGAACGCACACCCAUUUUUGUUUUAUGUAGACAUUCCUUUGUUUUUGUGUAGUGAAGAAAACUUGGUA